GUGGCAGCAGCGCGUCGCCAGCGACGCGAGCAAACGUUCCUCCCAGCAGCGAAUGGCAAGGAUGUGGAUGUGGAUGUGGACGGUCCCUUCCUGUACUACAGCCCGCGGUGGAGCAGAAAGACGGCCAACAUGUCCGAGUCCACGCGGGGCACGUCCCCGAAGCGGACGCUCGUUUACUAGCGCGUGCUGCUGCCUCUAAGCGGAGCAGAGGCGGCGGCAGCGGCGGCGGCAGCGGCGGCGGCAGCCCACAGUUGUUGCCCUUCUCUUGCGGUGGGUGGUGUGCCUCUGUCAAUGCUCGCCCUCCUCUCGGUCUCAUGGCGGAGACCAAAAUCAUUUAUCACAUCGACGAGGAGGAGACUCCCUAUCUGGUCAAAUUGGCGGUUUCUCCGGACAAAGUCACCUUAGCCGAUUUCAAAAAUGUGCUCAACAACCGACCGGUGCACAGCUACAAAUUCUUCUUCAAAUCGAUGGACCAGGAUUUCGGGGUCGUCAAAGAGGAGAUUUCCGACGACAACGCCAAGCUGCCUUGCUUCAACGGCAGGGUGGUGUCCUGGUUGGUGCUAGCGGAGAGCGCUCACUCUGAUGGAGGAUCCCAGUGCACAGAGAGCAACCCGGAGCUGCUGCUGCUGCCGCCUCCUCUGGAAAGAACCGGCGGCAUCGGUGACUCCCGGCCCCCUUCCUUCCAUGCCAACGCGGUGAGCAGUCGCGACGGCCCGGAUCCCGAGACGGGCACCGAGUCCCUCCUCAGUCACCGGCGUGAGCGGGAAAGGGAGCGCGCGCGGAGGAGAGCUCGGGAAAGCCAGCUACCUCGCAUCAACGGCCACACCAAAUGUGAGCGCGCGGCCAGGGACUCGGCGGCGGCGGCGGCGGCGGCGGCUUACGACAGCCCCUCGGUGGAGAGCAGCGAGCUGGAGUCCAGCUCCUUCGUCGACAGCGAGGAUGACCGAGACGCCAGCAGGCUCAGCAGCUCCACAGAGCACAGUAGCUCCUCGCAGCUGAUGCGCAGGCACAAGCUCCGCCGGCGCAGGCACAAAGUGGCCAAAAUGGAGCGGUCUUCGUCGUUCAGCAGCAUCACCGACUCCACCAUGAGCCUCAACAUUAUCACCGUCACGCUCAACAUGGAAAAGUACAACUUUCUGGGCAUCAGCAUCGUGGGUCAGAGUAACGACCGAGGCGACGGCGGCAUCUACAUCGGCUCCAUCAUGAAGGGAGGAGCCGUGGCCGCCGACGGCAGGAUCGAACCCGGCGACAUGCUCCUGCAGGUGAAUGACGUCAACUUUGAGAAUAUGAGCAACGACGACGCCGUGCGGAUUCUGAGAGAGAUUGUUUCCAAAACCGGUCCAAUCAGUCUAACUGUUGCCAAAUGUUGGGACCCCUCCCCUCGAAGCUACUUCACCAUCCCUCGAGCUGAGCCGGUGAGACCCAUUGACCCCGCCGCCUGGAUUUCGCACACCACCGCCCUGACGGGACCGUACCCCCACUACGAGUUUGACGACUUGCCUCUAUCGACGAGUAAAACCGACAUGGCCACCGUCGUCAAGAUGAUGCAGUUGGCAGACUCUGGCCUGGAGAUCCGGGACAGAAUGUGGCUAAAGAUCACCAUUGCCAAUGCUGUCAUUGGCGCUGACGUGGUGGACUGGCUCUACUCCCGAGUGGAAGGCUUCAAAGACCGGCGGGAUGCCAGGAAGUACGCCAGCAGUCUGCUCAAACACGGCUACCUGAGACAUACCGUCAACAAGAUCACCUUCUCGGAACAGUGCUACUACACCUUUGGGGACCUCUGCCAAAACAUGGCCUCGCUCAAUUUGAACGAGGGCUCCGGCAGCGGCGGCUCCGAGCAGGACGCUUCGCAAGCGCCCCCCCCCGCCGGCAACCCAGCCUGGCCCAUGGGGGGGCAGCCCUUCCCCUGCCCGCCCUUCCCCUCCGCGCCGCCCUGCUUCCCGCCCGGGUACUCGGACCCGUGCCACAGCUUCCACAGCGGUAGCGCGGGCAGCCAGCACAGCGAGGGUAGCCGGAGCAGUGGCUCCAACCCCGGCGCAGGCAAGGAGAAGGCUCACAAGUGCGGCGCGUCGGAGGCGGGAGGGAGGCGCGGCAGCCAGAUGAGCCGUCACAGCCGGGCCCGGUCCAGCGGCAGCCGCUCGCACGGGAGCCGCGCCGCCGCUGCCGCCGCCCCCUCGCCCUUCCCCUGUGCCCGCAGCGAGCCCGGCCAGGCAUCCUCCCGCGGCCCCCUGGGCUUGCCGCCGCCCUACUGCCUGGCCCCCAAGGUGGCGCCUCCCGGCAGAGAGCUCUCCAGCUUUCCCCCCGAGCUGACCGCCAGCCGCCAGUCCUUGCAGCACGCCAUGGGCAAUCCCUGCGAGUUUUUCGUCGACAUCAUGUGACGGCAAAGGAGACCCGCCAAAUGUACGUGUUUGUGAAGUGCUGUUCAACGUGGUGAUUGUGCGGAGCGGACCGGAGCGGAACGGUCCUCCGUUCCGUCCGUCUCCUGUGAGCGCUUGAAUCGAGGCCUGGAUCUCAAUCCCCAGAGCGUCGACAUGGGCGGGCGGCGUCUGUCUGUCCCAGACUGUGGCGUCAGCGCCUUUUGGGGUCCUGUUGCCAUCUCCCCAUCAAGUCUGCGACGGGGCGGCCCGAAGAAGAUAUUGUCUGCAUUUGUGCCCAGGGGUCUCCUCUCGCUGAAUUUUCAAAGAAACGGUCGACACACUGGAGGAUGUUUUGGAGCUUAUUUAUUUGGUCGCUGCCGCCACCAAUGGCCGUCUGUCUGUCAAUCGUUUGGCCUCAAAUCUUUGGUCGUCAGCGUCAGACACGCGUGCGUGCGUGCGUGCGUGCGUGCGUGCGUGCGUGCGUUGGUGCGUGCGGUUGGCUUUGCUUGCAAGUGAGCAUCCAACAGCGUCGCCGCCAACGUGACGACGACGGAGGACAGAGGACGACGCCACUAACCGACCCACUGAGCAAGUCAUCGUGGAAAUGAUGUGUUUUUUGACGUCGCGGGGCGAUGUCCCUCCCGUCUGCAGUUUGAAAUUGCUUGAUUUCCUUUUUUCAAUGUCGAGAGCAAAAAAAAAUGAGAGCAAAAAAAAAUGAGCGCGUUCUGAACAACCGGGCCACCUUGUGACACAUUUUGUAAUCUGCCAGGUUGUCUGUUGACUUUGAAUAAUGGACGAGCCUCUUUCUUUCUUUCUUUCUUUCUUUCUUUCUUUCUUUCUUUCUUUCUUUCUUUCUUUCUUUUUUUCUUUUUUUCUUUCUUUCUUUUUUUCUUUUUUUCUUUCUUUCUGUCUUUCUGUCUUUCUUUCUUUCUGUCUGUCUUUCUUUCUUUCAAAGAAGGCCAGCUUGCUCGCUUCCUUCCUUUGCGUUUCAUUGAAGCGCACGAGGCACUUGCCAUCCUUUGAGUCCAAGUGAAAGGCCGAGCCGAGCCGAGCCGAAUCCUAUUUUGAUGAGCACUUUGGCGAGUUGUCUCUCCCUCCCUUCCUGCCAGCGGUCUGCAACACUGUUUCCAAUCAACCUUUCUCUCGAACUGGCUUUCUGUACAAUCCAAAUGUUAAUUGUACAUAGAUAUGUAUGAUAUAUGAUUAAAAAAAAAAUCUCUAUGUUGCCA